AUGAAAAUGGAGAGGGAAUCGCUGCAAAUGGGUACUACUGCUCCUCCCCAAACCCCUCAAAGCAGAAGUAGUACAAGUGCUCAUGUGCUAGUGUUCCCUUAUCCAUUUCAGGGCCACAUUUGCCCGAUGGUUGAAUUCUCCAAACGCCUAGCCUCAAAGGGUAUCAGGGUCACCGUCGUGAUCACAACCAUUUCUGCAGCCACCAUGUCCGUGAAGCAGUUUCUAGCAGCUCAACCCAAAAACAAGACCAAUUUCAGGGUGAAAAUCAUUUCUGAUGGCUCCGAACACCUUCAAAAGUCGGAAAACAAAGACGAAGUUUUCAAUAGGGUAGCUACGCAGAACUUAUCCAAUCUCAUCGCCGACAUCAACAACAGGAGAGAUCAUACCUCAGACAAUGACAGUAGUGAUGAAGACGAGGAUGACUACCCACUCAAGUGCGUGAUUUACCACUCAGCCAUGCCAUGGGUGUUAGAUGUGGCGCGGCAACAUGGCAUAGAUGGAGCUCCAUUUUUUACGUGUGCAGCUGCGGUUACUGCUAUCUUUCAUCAUUUUUAUGAAGGUAUAUUGAAGAUUCCUUCAAAAGGUGAUGCAGCUAGAACAUCUCAUCCCACAAUGCUAAUGCCUUCCAUGCCUGGACCGCUAGGGUUCAAUGAUCUACCGUCGUUCCUAUCUGACGUUGACGCCUACUCAAGCUUUCUAAACACUACCCUGAAUCAAUUUUCCAAUAUCACCGAAGUGAAAUGGAUCUUCACCAACACUUACGGGAAGUUGGAGGAACAGGUACUUAAAUGGAUGGGAAGUCAGGACUGGCCGGUUAAAACAAUAGGACCAACAAUUCCAUCGUCGUUUCUGGACAAACGAUUGGAGGAUGCCAAAGACUACAGUCUGAGCCUGUUCAAGCCUGAUCAUGUGGAGACUUGCACCAAGUGGCUAGACUCCAAGGAAACUGGCUCAGUGGUUUAUGUAUCGUUUGGAAGCUUGGCCAACCUAACGAAGGAGCAAAUGGAGGAACUAGCAUGGGGUUUAAACAAUAGCAACCAUAACUUCUUGUGGGUAAUCAAAGAGUCAGAAAAGCAAAAGCUUCCGAUCAAUUUCUUCGAGGAGAUAUCGGAGAAGGGUCUUGUUGUGAGUUGGUGCUCUCAGCUGCAAGUCUUGGCUCACAAGGCCGUGGGUUGCUUUGUUACUCAUUGUGGAUGGAAUUCCACACUUGAGGCAUUGAGCUUGGGAGUGCCGAUGGUGGUACUGCCGCAAUUUGCUGAUCAAACAACGAAUGCUAAGUUUGUGGCAGAUGUGUGGAAAGUAGGAGUGAGAGUGAAGGUGAGUGAGAAAGGGUUUAUAACAAAAGAAGAACUAGUAAUGCGUGUCAAGCAGGUUAUGGACAAGGAGGUAGGGAUGGAGAUUAGAAAGGCUUCAGUAAUCUGGAAGGAGUUGGCCAAGAAGGCUGUGGAUGAAGGAGGAAGUUCCGACAGCAACAUUGUGGAGUUUGCGGCACAGCUUCGAUUAUUGCCUUGAUUGAAGUUAUAUCUCAAUUACAACGUAUUGCAUGCACGUGUUAUCGUCCUUUUUAAUUAAUCUCAACUAGUUUGGCAAUGUAAUAACGUUCUUAAUUUGACGAUGAAGGCCUAGC